CUCGAGUCACCAAAUUUGACGAAAGUACUUGCCAGACCAAGUUGGUUUGACCACAAUCAACAAUGACGCGGACGACCGAUGAUCUCUCCAUAAAUCCGGAAUCAUCCUGUCUCGAUGCAUACAGAUCAUCCAUCGCGACCCAGAUAUCCUCCUCUCUGGAUAUACCCCUCAGUACGGCGUACGAAGGUGUUGAUUUUGGGAAGAAAGGCAUCGAUUUCACGGUGGCAAUACCUCGAUUUCGUCUGAAAGAAAAACCCGCAAUCUUAGCGGAUAAAGUAGUUUCAGAGUUCACGCCGAAUGAGUAUCUACAGUCUAUUACUCGAGACGGAAUCUUCCUACAUUAUAUCUGUCAUACUACGAAUCUCAUUCGAACCGUGUUAAAACAGAUAUACACGCUUUCCAAGCCCACAGGAUCGCACCCUCAUGGCUCUUACGGAUGCAAUAACUCUGGAUCCGGAAAGCAGAUUGUCAUCGAGUUUAGCAGUCCAAACAUCGCUAAGCCAUUCCAUGCGGGACAUUUGAGGAGUACUAUCAUCGGCACGUUUCUUGCCAACCUGUUUGAUGCGAAUGGCUGGAAGACUAUUCGUUUGAAUUACCUCGGUGAUUGGGGAAAACAAUACGGAUUACUCGCGAUCGGUUUCCAGAGAUAUGGAUCGGAAGAAAAACUCACGAAUAAUGCCAUUCUGCAUUUAUUCGAGGUUUACGUUCGAGUAAACAAAGACGUCGAGAAUGAGAAAGAGAACAAUCCGAACAAGUUUUCACCUACUAAUCAGGAAGCAAAGGAACUCUUCAAGAAGAUGGAAGACAAUGACAAGGAGACCCUUGAUCUUUGGAAGCGCUUCCGUGACCUCUCAAUAGUUGAAUACGAAAAGCUCUACAGGAGACUUAAUGUUCGAUUUGAUGUAUACGGUGGGGAAAGCCUCGUCAAAGAGGACCUAAUAAUGGACAGUUUGGAGAAAUUAAGAAGCAAAAACCUCUUGACCAAGAAAACAGAGCGUGAAAGUCGAAUUGGAGCUGCUGCUCUUGCUGCUGAAACUAUAUCCGAUGGUCAAGAUAUCGGCGACGAUGAUCAGGCCCCCGAUGCAUUGGCUCUCGAUUUUGACCAGUAUAACCUUGGAAAGCCUGUGGUACAAAAGGGUGAUGGUACAACGAUUUACAUCCUUCGGGACAUAGCUGGUGCUCGCCAACGAUACCAGUUAUACAACUUUAACAAAAUGAUAUAUGUUAUAGGCGAUCAGCAGGAUCUUCACGUCCGUCAAUUUUUCAAAGCUCUUUCACUCAUGGAAGAACCAUUCGCAGAUGAACUUGAACAUGUAAAUUUCGGGAAGAUUCAUGGUAUGAGUUCACGAAAAGGCGAAGUCAAGUUCCUUUCAGACAUUUUGGACGCGAGCAAAGAGGCGAUGUUGGAUCAGAUGAAGAAGAACGACGAGAAAAUGAAGGAUGUCACUGAUCCGGAAUAUACGAGCGAUGAGGUUGGGAUGACUUGUGUCAAAAUACAAGAUAUGUCUGCUAAACGUGCACAUGCCUAUACGUUUGAUCUCCAAAGGAUGACUUCCUUCGAAGGCGACACAGGCGCGUACCUUCAAUACGCACAUGUCCGUCUCUGCUCUGUACAGCGCAAAGUCGCUUUGGACGGCAUCAUUCCCCGGGACAAUCCUGAUCUCAUCGACACUACGCUUCUCACAGAACCCAAAGUUCGAGAACUUGUGUUCGCCCUUGCCUCAUACCCUGAUGUGGUCAAGACAGCGAUGAAAAAUUACGAACCAUCUACGAUCGUCUCAUAUUGUUUUAAAAUUAGCCACUUGGUCAGCUCAGCUUGGGAAACGCUAAUCGUUCGCGGGCAAGAGACUGAACUUGCUCAAGCCCGGUUAUAUGUUUUUCAAUGCACUCGUUCUGUUUUAGCCAGUGCUAUGAGAUUACUUUCGCUGACGCCCUUGGAUAGGAUGUAAUCUGUGUCACCUCUUGUUUCUUUGAUGUGCUUUCGUACUGCUAUCUAGUUUGCUUUCUAAAUAACGAGACCUUGGUUAUAUGCCUGGACCCGCCAAGGCAGCGCACAUUACGACGCGGAAGGUCAGAUACUGGAGUGCUAUUGGGAUGUUCAAAUUCUAAACUCGACCGUAAGAUGCCGAACAAUUUGCCAACAGAUUUCGAAGUAAAAUUUGAGAGUUCGUCUCCUCUUUGGUGUGAUUAAAUGGGGCGAUUUCACCAUGGGUACAACAGGGUACAGCUUGCAGAUAAUUGUUGGGUGCAGGAGGUGGGUGCAGUGUGGGUGCAUG